AACAAAACGUUCGCCAACGCGAUAGACGUGUUCGCUCCGCGUAUUGUUGUUUUAAUAUUUUGCGUCGAAAUAGCAUAAACUACGCAUGGCGUUGGUCAAUUAAUAAAUAUAACGCACAAGCAACAGAACAAAGAAACAGCAGGCAAUUUAGUUAUUCCUGACUUUCCUAAUAUUUAUAAGAUAUACACACAUCGGAUGUAUUUUCAAGUUGCAUGCAACACAAAAGAAACGUACAUCAUGCAAAAACAGAAAAUCAACAAAAUUCAUUAACAAAGCCACGCAAAUAAAUGUGCAUAUGAAAUUGCAAGCAAGCUAUUAUGCAAACGUCUGCUGAAGACUAAAAACAAAAAAAAAUAAAAAGAGUAGGGGAAAACAACACGAAUGUGCCUUACACAAAUAUAGAGCAGAAAUCAAAUCUAAUCGAUUAUAGAACCGUGAUUAAGUCGCUCCAACGUGAGCACCUAGUGUUCAAAUAAUUAAUACAUUUAUAUUAACUUUAAAAAAGGAUCAACAUGGACUCUGGCAAUGUGAUGGACAUUUAUGCUAUUUAUUUAUUUCGACCCGGAAGUUCGCCCGUUGAUUGGUGUGAGGGCAAUUAUUUAAUUUCAUCAAAUAUUGCUGAGUUCGUCAACACGUUUAGCAACUUUUUAUUUAUUUUACUGCCGCCAGUAUUAAUAAUGCUAUUCAAGGAGUACGGUCGCUUUGUAACUCCCGGAAUCCAUUUGCUAUGGGUUCUACUGAUUGUUGUUGGUCUGAGCUCGAUGUAUUUCCAUGCGACACUUAGUUUAUUGGGUCAACUACUCGAUGAGCUGGCUAUAUUAUGGGUCUUUAUAGCCGCAUUCUCACUAUUCUAUCCCAAGCGUUACUAUCCAAAGUUUGUGAAGAAUGAUCGGAGAACUUUCAGUUGGCUCAUGUUACUGUCGGCCAUUAUCGCAACAGGUUUGAGCUGGUGGAAGCCAAUCGUUAAUGCCUUUGUGCUCAUGCUUAUGAGCGUACCGACAAUGAUAAUGCUCUACACUGAACUUCAACGAGUGCGGGAUCAGCGUGUUUAUCGUCUGGGAUUGCGGACGACAACUGUUUGGGGCGUGGCAGUUUUUUGUUGGAUCAACGAUCGUAUGUUUUGCGAGGCCUGGUCUGCAAUCAACUUUCCAUAUCUGCACGGAUUUUGGCAUAUAUUGAUUUUUAUUGCUGCUUACACAGUGCUGGUGCUGUUUGCAUAUUUCUAUGUGGAAUCAGAGCUACCACAACGACAGCCGUUGCUCAAGUAUUGGCCAAAGAAUGAAUUUGAGUUUGGCAUACCAUUCAUAUCGAUAAGAAAUCCAGAUUCGAAAGAUUGGCACAUCUACUGCAGCUUGUUCAUGCAGGAUUACAACAACGGGAAAAGCCUCUACACGGAAGGUUCUAAAAUAAUUUAGACAAUCCCUAUGCCUAUCCCAAUGCCCUAUACAAUAACAAAUGACAUUGACAAUGUAUUGUGUAGAGUGCUAAGCAUAGACAAAGUGAUAUUUAAAUUAGUGUUACUACUAAUGCCUAAAUAAUUUAAAAUAUAUGCAAAUAUACUUAUGAAAUAAAUUAUACAAUCUUCAACAGCAACUAAAUAGCUUACCCGGUACAAAUUUCAAUAACAAAUCAAAAUUUAUUACCUGCCAUUUAGAAGUUGCAACAACUUAAUAAAUAUUACUUUAAAGAAAUGCAAGUAAUGUACUGAGUUAAUAAAGCAAACGAAUUGUUGACAAAUUCAAAAUGUUUACAUAAUAAAAUCUGGUGGAAAAUAAAUGCAGUUUGUUUAUAUA